AGUUUUCUUAGGCUUGUUAUCUAUUGUCCACUCUGUAAUUUAUAACACACCGUUGUAUGUAGUUGUGUAUGAUUUUGUCUGUUAAAAUAAAUAAUGUUCGCUAGGUAACGGCCGUCCAUUUAUGCUAGCCUAGCUAAGUGUACAGCACUGCAAAGUAUUCCAAGCAGAGAGAACAACGGAGUCCUUUACCAGCGGUGUGAACUGACUUACAGCUGAGCUGAGGGAGGCAUCGGGACGGAUAUCAUAUCCCACCACACCUUUUCUUCUUCAAGUAGCCUCCUCGGCUGUUGGAUACUAUUCGGGAAAUAUUUGGAAGCGGACAACUUGAACCUAUGCUUUACCUUUAAACGGAAUGGAUUUUGAAAAGACCUAACCUGGAUGGUUUCCCUGCACAAGUGUUUUUAAAAAGCUUGCUGGUGGAGUUUGCAAACUUUUUGAGGAGGUCGCAGUAGGGGUUUUCUGGAGGGGGAACUCACUCAGAAGGCAAUAUGGAUCAAGCCAGCGGCGGGGACGACCCGAACAAACCCUCCAAAAAGAAGUCCAGCGAGGAUGAGGGUAAAAACAAAAAGCUGAACAUACACAUAAAAACAUUGGCUGAUGAUAUGCGCGAUCGUAUUACCAGUUUCAGGAAAACAGGGACGAAGAAGGAGAAGCCCCUCAUACAGCACCCAACAGAUCCCCUCACUACCCAGACGGAGCUGCCUGUUCCUCAGCCCCUCUUUGAUGACCGCUCCAUGAACCUUUCGGAAAAGGAGAUCAUUGACCUCUUUGAGAAGAUGAUGGAGGACAUGAACCUGAACGAGGAACGCAAAGCCCCUCUGCGUGGAAAGGACUUAAGCACCAAACGCGAGAUGGUGGUCCAGUACAUCUCAGCCACUGCCAAAUCUGGUGGACUAAGAAACAGCAAGCAUGAGUGUACACUUUCAUCCCAAGAAUAUGUCCAUGAGCUGCGUUCUGGCAUCACAGAAGACAAGCUGCUUAAUUGCCUGGAGUCCCUCAGAGUGUCUCUCACUAGCAACCCUGUCAGUUGGGUUAAUAACUUUGGUCAUGAGGGUCUUGGCCUCCUCCUGGAUGCUUUGGAGAAGCUGCUUGACAAGAAACAGCAAGAGAGUAUUGAUAAACGGAACCAGCACAAACUUAUCCAAUGCUUGAAAGCUUUCAUGAACAAUAAGUAUGGACUGCAAAGGAUCCUGGGAGAUGAGCGGAGCCUGCUGCUGUUGGCACGAGCGAUUGACCCCAGACAGACCAACAUGAUGACAGAGACUGUCAAAAUUCUCUCUGCUUUCUGUAUUAUUGGGGAGGAAAACAUCCUGGAUAAGAUUCUAGCUGCCAUGACAAUUGCUGCAGAGAGGAACAAUAAAGAGAGAUUUGCUCCAAUUGUAGAAGGACUGGAGAACCACGAAGCCCAGCAACUCCAGGUUGCUUGCAUGCAGCUGAUCAAUGCCCUGGUCACCUCCCCUGAUGACCUGGACUUCCGGAUACAUCUACGCAAUGAGUUCUUAAGAUGUGGCCUGAAGAAGAUCCUACCUGAGCUAAAAGAGACAGAGGAGCUAGACAUCCAGCUGAAGGUGUUCAAUGAGAACAAGGAAGAGGACUCUAUCGAGCUCUCCCAUCGCCUGGAUGACAUCCGCGCUGAGAUGGAUGAUAUGAAUGAAGUGUACCAUCUCCUGUCCAAUAUGGUGAAAGACACUGGCUCUGAGGCAUACUUCCUGUCAGUCCUUCAGCACCUAUUGCUCAUCAGGAAUGACUAUUACAUCAGGCCCCAGUAUUUCAAGGUGAUAGAAGAAUGCGUGUCUCAGGUGGUGCUCCAUCGCAGUGGGAUGGACCCUGACUUUGGCUACAGUAAAAGACUGGACGUGGACUUCACUCAUCUGAUUGAUCAGUGUGUGGAUAAAGCCAAAGUUGAAGAGAGUGAGCAGAAGGCUGCAGAGUACUCCAAAAAGUUUGAUGAGGAGUUCAGUGCACGGCAGGAGGCCCAGGCUGACUCUCAAAAGAAGGAAGAGAGAAUCAAAGAGCUGGAGGCGAAGAUCCAGGCCCUGGAGUCCCAGUUAACUAUUGAAAAAGACAAGCUCAAAGAGGCUCAGAGACUCAUCAGGGAAUCUGAAGCCAAGAUUGCAGCAGGUCCAACUGCACCCGGAGCACCACCUCCACCACCCUUACCAGGGGGUGCAGCAGCUCCCCCUCCUCCUCCCCCCACUCCUCCCCCACCUCCACCUGGUGGUUGUCCUCCCCCUCCUCCACCUCCUCCUCCUCUCCCUGGCCAUGCUGCCAUUCCACCGCCACCUCCGCCCCCAGGUGGAGGACCUCCACCUCCGCCACCACCCCCUGGUUGUGGGCCCCCACCUCCUCCGCCUUUCUUUGGGGGCCCAGGUGGGCCUCCGCCACCUCCUGCAUUGCCUGUCAUCAAGCUGCCUUAUGGACUAGAGCCCAAGAAGACCUACAAGCCAGAAACUGUGAUGAAGAGGGUCAACUGGACCAAGAUAGUGCCUCAGGAAAUGGCAGAGAAUUGCUUCUGGAUCAAAGUCAAAGAAGAGAAGUUUGAGAAUCCUGACCUAUUUGCUCAGCUCUCCCUCUACUUCUCCUCACAGAGCAAAGUGAAAAAAGAUGUAAAAGAUGAGACAGACGACAGAAUGCAACAAUUCAAGAAAAAGGCGAAGGAGCUUCGCAUCUUGGAUGCCAAGACAGCGCAGAAUCUUUCAAUUUUCUUGGGCUCGUUCCGCCUGCCUUAUGAAGAGAUCCGGGACAUUGUGCUGGAGGUAGACGAGGAAAGACUGAGCGAAUCACUCAUCCAGAACCUGAUAAAGAACCUGCCAGAGCAGAAAGAGCUGAGUGCGCUAGCGGAACUAAAGGGUGAAUAUGAAGAGCUAGUGGAGUCGGAGCAGUUUGGCAUUGUGAUGAGUUCAGUGAAACUCCUACGGCCACGUCUCAAUGGCAUUCUGUUCAAGCUGACGUUUGAGGAGCAGGUGAAUAACAUCCGACCAGACAUCAUGAAUGUGACAUUUGCCUGUGAGGAGGUGAAGAAGAGUGAAGGCUUUUGCAAACUCCUGGAGUUGGUGUUGCUGGUCGGCAAUUACAUGAAUGCAGGCUCAAGGAAUGCCCAGACGUUUGGUUUCAACAUCAGCUUCCUCUGCAAGCUCCGAGACACAAAAUCCAUUGGUCAGAAUACAACACUUCUUCAUUUCCUGGCCGAAAGGUGUGAAGAGAAUCAUGAAGCAAUUUUAAGGUUUCCAGAUGAACUGGAGCAUGUGGACAGUGCCAGCAAAGUGUCCGCUGAGAUCUUAAAAAGCAGUUUGACCACCAUGGAACGUCACAUUCAGAGGCUCGAAAACGACAUUGAGAACUUCCCCAAAACAGACGACCAACAAGAUAAGUUUGUGGAAAAGAUGUCGGGCUUCUGCAAGCAUUCCCGGGAACAGUAUGAAAAACUGUCCACGAUGCACAAGAACAUGCAAAAGCUCUACGAGAGCAUAGGGAGCUAUUUUGCCUUUGACCCCCAUUCCGUCAGUGUGGAGGAUUUCUUUGGAGAGCUGGCCAACUUUCGCAUCCUCUUCAUGGAAGCAGUGAAGGAGAACCACAAGAAGAGGGAGAUGGAGGAGAAGAUCAAGAGAGCCAAGCUGGCGAAGGAGAAAGCAGAGCGCGAGAAGCAGGAGCGCCAGCAGAAGAAGAAGCAGCUGAUUGACAUGAACAAAGAGGGAGAUGAAACUGGUGUGAUGGAUAGCUUAAUGGAAGCUCUUCAAUCUGGAGCAGCCUUCCGCGAUCGGCGAAAACGGACACCACGCAACGGUGAUCAAAGUCCUUCCAGUCCAUCCUCUUGGUGGCCGGGUGCUAACUAUGGUAACAGAACCCUAGACAACCGCCGCGCAGUCCUGGAAAGGUCUCGUUCCCGCCACAACGCAAAUCACCAAGCUCGAUGAUCACCCGCGCCUACCAUAAGACGCUAGAUAAGUGCCAAAGAGGCCUGCGAGGUGACCUGGAAGACAUCUGAAGGAGGGAUAGACCACCCCUCACUGUGGCACGCACGCACGCACACACACACACACACACACACACACACACACACACACACACACACACACACACACACAGCACCAAGUAUGAAACAAAAAUGCCUAAAGAAGCCACACAGAGCUGAAGAAUCUACAGUACAUCACAAACAGACAUUUGUCAAUGUUCAUGCUGUUCGUCUGACGCCUUACAUAUUUAUUCAAUACUUUCUCAUCACUCUAAAUGUUCACGUCCUCUCUAGAUAGUCUGAUUUAUAAAAAGUAAUGAAAUGAAAAAAAUAAUGUUUUUAAGGCUGCUGCUGUUUGAAAUGAAAGGUUUUCAUUGCUUGGAAAUCCAUUUUGAUUAUUGCAAGUCUAAGCCUUCUACUACAGUAAUCAGAAUACUACAGUUAACAUGCAGUGCGUGCUGAAAAUAGACAUUCUGCCAAGAGAGACUGUACCAUAGUGUAUGCUUAUCAUCCUGACAAACAUACCACACAGUACAUUCAACAGAGGGGCAGCGGGCCAGCUGUCCUUUAAAUAAAUGGAAGACAGGGAUUCAACACCCAUGUUGGCAUGUAACUACCUGCUGACGUUUGCUUGAACAAGUCACCAAACUCUGAACAGAAGCGGGAGUGAUGGCUUAAAAAUGUUUUUGUUUGUUUUUGUCUGUCAAUCCCUCCUUCAACCGACAUCAAGAGUCCACGUGAAUCAUUUUAUUUUAUUCCAUAUCCCGCAAAGCCACAAGAGUUGGCCCCUGUCUGCGCCUAUAUGUCACAGCAUGUGACUCACGGAUCUUGAGUGUAGUCUCCAUUUUGACAGGAUGCAUUUUUAUUUUUAGUUGUGUAAUAUCUAACCAAUGCCUUCAGGGUGCUGAUCUCUGUCCCAAGGUCGCUUCUGCUGUUAGCGCGAGAGACUGACACAUUUACUAAAUGCACAUAACUGCCUAGUGGAGCUAACAUGACCCUUUGACCUUUCCUGCAGUCACACAGGUUUUCACGGGGGAAGCUUGACUAUACAAAGGUGUUGCAACGUUUUUUAAUAUUAAUCUAAUCUGUGUGUUGUUUUUUUUUAUAUGAAGGCGCUAAAAAGAAGUCAGUUCUGUUUGGAGACCAAUGGUGAAAAGUUUGCUCCACUUUUUCCAAUUUAAAAAAAAAAAAAAUGGAUGAAUAAAAACAAGGUCUGUAGGAAAAACAAGGAAAACAGUGUCAUGUGGAUUCAACUGCUAUUUUUAUAUUAUGGAACCAAAUUGUUCAUACGUUAAAAAAAAAAAAAAACUUCUACUGAGGGAAUCCAUGGCUUAAACAUUGAAGGGAUUUAGGACUACAAACUGUAAUAUUGUAUUAAAAAGACAUUGUUUCCAGUAGGGAAGCAAGAAGUCAUAACUAAAUACUUGACAUCUGUUUUCACUAACCUCGUUCACUCGAUGAAGCUUUCAGCAUUGAAACAAACACCUGAUUGCUUGGUGCUCGUGUAAAAUAAAGUUGAAACUUUGCUGUUAGCUUUGUUCCUCUGUAAGGACCCACUGUCACACAGUUUCUUCACAUAAACUAUUUAUUCAUAUAUUCAUGCCUAGGGCGGCCCUGUCCCCUCACUGCCCUACACUGUAAGCAGAUGCUCCUAAAAAUAAUCAACUAAGGGAUAGAGAAGAUGAGAUGAUGCUUGUCUUAGCAAGUGAGUCUCCAAACACCCUCCAGUUCCCCAGCACUAAUGGCAUAAGUGACCCUUUUACCAAAACACGAGUUCUUUAGUAAUACUAUAACUCUGCUUUAGGCUGUGUGUGUUUUUGUUUGGGCCUCCGUGUGUGUGUGUGUGUGUGUGUGUACGUGUGUGCACACCAUGCCAGCUCAGUAAUCGGAACAGGAACCCAGGCAAAAUAGGAUUCAGUGUGCUUGACUCCUGGGCUGAAUAGAUGGAGAUUUUUCAUUUAAACAAUCUGCCAGUGCAGCUUGUGAUGUGUCUGUUUCAUGAUGCCUCCUCUCCCAGCUUGCAUGCUUCUAAAAAUGCAAUUUUACACAUCAUCUCGGCUCAAGGUGCAUCCACAGUGCUCCGAGAAGUCUGAAUAUUUAAGAAGACAAUAAUUCUCCUCUGAAUAUAAGGUUUGAGUGGUCGCACAGAGAAAGCAUAGAGAAUGAGGUUUCCGCAUAAGGGAUUCUGCGUGGAUAGGAGUUUUAAGGAUGUGUUGUAUACAGCAGAGAUAGAGAUGUGCCAUCGAAGGUAGUGAUUUCCUUCUAAUCGCGACUCGCCCUUUGUCCUCAACAUUGCAGCGCCAGUUUAAAAUAUUGAAUAUAUCGGUUUUCCCAUCAACACCUUCUGAUUGGCUACUGUUCAUGCCAAAACAAUGGCUGACAAAUAAAAUGUCUAUUUCUUUUAUGAAUAAUUUGACUGAAAAUAUUUUCUUAAUUAUUUAAUCACAUCAGAUUUGUUUUCAUAUGUGCCAACUUUUUUUUAAUAUGGGAAGCGCAGUUCUCACCACGCAAUGGUGGAAAAGUCCUGUUUUUUGUUUUGUUUUGUAUAUCAAAGGGAGUAAAAGUUUUUGGUCAAAGUAUGAGAAAAAAUGUACAGACAUAAAAACUUGAUUUAAGAAAAUAUAUAUUUUAACCAUUGUUUAAUAGACAUUGAUCCAAUUAAGAACUGUCAUUCAAGGUAGGAGAUUUUGAUGUGAUUACAAAACGUGUUAUUUCCUAUCUAAAACAUCUUUUGUAAGAUGUUUUUUAUUUGGAGUAAAAAAAAAAAAUGCCAUUGUAGAACGUAAGCUACUGUACGGUGUUAGCCAUUGUAGAAGUUCCAGAUCAUACAUUGUUCUUGCAGCAUUGAUCACUAUGAACAAUAGCAUUGUGAAUUGGCGCAACAUAAAACGUAGAUUUGUUGCCCUUCAACAGAUAAAUGGCUCAAAACAUAAAAGUUUAAAUAUAGUUUCUUAAUAAAAGCCGCUACUCUAAAAGAGAAACUUCUACAAUGACAACAUUCUUCAUCAACCCUGUUAGUGAUUGUUGUAUUUCUCCCUCAAUCCAUCUUUUAGGAUAACCAGAAUAAUGUGUUUUUAUAGAAAAUAGCAGGAGAGUCUCAGGUCAAAGAACCUGAACUGUUCCACCAUUUUAGUGUGAAAAACAGGCCUCUCUGUUUGGCCCCAUCAUUCCAUUGUCUUUUAGCUUGUGACUAACAAACCUGAACUAAUGAUAUGACUUGUGCUCAUGGUAAUUGUAAGAAUGAGGAGGCAGGGGUAUGAAAGAUUGAUCAAAACUGUAAAGGUGCCAUUUUGGUGGUGAUUGGUGGCAAGAGCUUUGAUUAAGGAAAGUUUGUGACUUACACUCACUGACUGUGCACUUUACCUCACCAGAUAUUCUCCUCAGAGCAGAGGAAGAGUUGUUUGAGAUGUUUGAAUACGACAUUGCCACUAACAGAGUGAACUAUUUGCAAUGUAUUUCUUUUGGUAAAUAGUUCCAGCUGCCACAUAUCCAGUUCUUUCCCACUUUGUUAGUGCUUACUAUUGAUUUGUGGAAGACCAAUUGCGGCUGAAUCAACAAACAGCGGCCAUAACUGUUGACAAACCCUGUUCGACCAUGAUGUGUAAGCUGCCGUAUCCCUGCCUACCUUCCUUGUUGUCAUUGAGUAUGUUUUAUUGUCUUAAGAAACGUUUAUAUUUGUAACAUUUUAAGUUUAUUUGUAUCCUUAAGAACAUGAAAAAAGCAAAAUGGUUAUGCACACUGUCCUUCAAUAGAAUAUGUAAUGGAAUAUGAUACUAAAUAAUAACCACUUUGUUAUAUAAACUGAUUUCUGAAA